AUGGCGCCAUUUGAGGCAUUAUAUGGGCGACCGUGUAGAUCACCAAUUUGUUGGACAAAGGUUGGAGACAGUUUGUUGACUGGGGCAAUAAUAAUUGCAGAGACCACAGAGAUAAUUAGAAUCAUUAAAGAACGUCUUCGGGCAGCUCAGAGUAGACAGAAAAGUUAUGCAUGCCAUAGUCGACGUCCACUACAGUUUGAAGUUGGGAAAUAUGUAUUGUUGCGAGUAUCUCCAAAGAAGGGUAUUACUAGAUUUGGAUUGAAAGAAAAACUUGCACCAAGGUUUACUGGACCAUUUCAGAUUGUUGAGAAGAUUGCUGAGGUAGCAUACAGACUUGCACUACCAGUAAGCAUGGGUCAGAUUCAUAAUAUAUUUUAUGUGUAUAUGCUUCGUGGUUACGAGUCUGAUUCCUUUCACGUGUUGGAUUGGCAGUCUCUACCACUAGAAGAUAAUGGUUCUUAUAAAGAAGGGCCGAUAGAAAUUCUGGAUCAAAAGGAGAAAGUUUUGAGAAACAAAAUCAUUUCCUUAGUGAAAGUGCGAUGGGUCAUCAUAAUACCGAAGAAGCUACUUGGGAGAAAAAAAUCAGAUAUGCGCGCUCAGUAUCCCGAUUUGUUCACCUGA